AUGCUGCGUCCGAGUCGCAACAUCCUCCUGCAACUCAACGUCCUCACCGCCAGCUUUGCGCUCAAUAUCGCGCUUCUCGGUGUCGGCGGCAACAACAAAAUGUCAUUCUACCUCCCGUUCCCGCGGUUUUGGCAGCGGCCCUUGGUGGUCUUUUCGCCUACGCCCGCCGGACGCCGCUUUGGCCACGCCCGGACGAUCCCGCUUCUUGUCCUGCUCGACGGUGCGCUCCUCGCGCUUUUGGGCGCUGCUGCCGUCAACUCGUCCUCUUGGCUGCGGGUCCCGACGCCGUUCUCGACGUACGUCACCGGUGUUGACCUGCCCAAAGACUUUGUUGAGUUUGCAGACCACGCCGACAAGAAAUCGCCCGAGACCUGUGUCGUAUUGCGCCCGGGUGGAGAAGCGCGCAACGGCCUCCUCUUUGUCAUUGGCGACUCGCACGCGGACAUGCUCAAGCCCCGCUUUGUGCAGUUGGCGACAAAGAACGGGCGGCCCGAGUUUCACGGCUACCUCACCAUGUACCUCAACCCGGGCAACGUGACGCAUGGUGCGUCGACGCCGGUCUGCUGCGCGUACGCCGGGCUGCCCUGCACCGAGCAGUCGAUAGACGACGUUGAAGCGAUUCUGAGCAACUUUAGCAGCGCGCUUCAGGAGCUGAGAGCCUUGGGUAACCAGGUAUUUGUGGCCGACCAGAGCCCCCAGAGCGGCCGCCAAAACCCCAACAUGUGGCUCAACGGCGGCGACGGCGUGGUGCCGCCGCCGCUCAGUCGUGCCGAGUACAAUGCCUUGCACGCGUGGCUUCUCACCCGAAAUGCACACGGCUGCGACGUUAGCCAAUGCGACGCUCGUUGA